AUAAGACAAAAAGCGGAGAAAAUGGUAAAUGGUUGCGCUUGGAUCGGAAGACAGUAGAAUCAAUAAAUCAAUCAGCAAUCAUCAGAAGAAGUACGAAUCAGUCUUUCUGUAGCGACUGCGACAAUCAAUAACAUUGACUUGUCUAAUCCGUUUGUGCAGCUAGUAUUACAGCCGUUUUUGUUGUCAUUGUGACAAACGUACCGCGGAUUUUGGUUCGUGUGCUCAUCUGGUUGAUGCCAUUGUUACUACUUGAAUACCACCGACACCAGACAUAAUUCUUUGUAGCACUGCACAACCACUAUUGCUCCCAUUUUUCAUUCGAGAAUUCGAGAUGGCUCGUCCAAUACUCCCAACCCGAGAUGGCAUUCGUCUGUCUUCCUAUGCCACCACUAUUUGCUCGGCACACCUGCUCAGCCAGGCGCAACCAAAGCCCAGCGCCAACAGGUUGAGGAGCGUCGAAACACCGUGGAGCAUCCCAAAGGUCUUGGAGAGCGCCCUGAGCUCCGGAUCGUUUGCCUUCUUCGGAUCGUCCGGGCGUAUCUUUCCGAUUUCGUGCCCCGUUCCCAGCCGUUUUUCUACGGCGUGCCUCUGGUACAUGACCCUCGUCGUCGCCGGUUCGAAACAGAAGAGGUUGGCAAGAAUGCACACCAGAACCACGACCAAGGAAUAGGGGGCGGCGGCCUCCUCCCCCCCCGGACUCGCCAGGGCGCCGCUCGUGGCGAUUGCGACGAGGAUGGACACCGCGGAGAACACAAAGUAGGCGGGAAAGAGCCUGGAUUGGAGCCUCCCAAAGGUGUGUCUCGGGAGGGUCUUGAACAUGACGAUCCCCGCAACGAAGCUGACCCACACGCUGCACCCGAACCAGGAGGAAAACGCCAGCAGGUGGAGGAGGACGAGCCCGUGUCCGCCGCCGGCCGGGUUCGGAGCCGGGGAGAACCAGGUGCAGCCGGCCAGCACGGCGAUCAGUGCCAUCGCGCGAACCACCUGCUUGGUUCCGGUGGGUGCGGUUGCGGAUGCGUCGGACAUGAUUGUUGGCGGGAGGUAGUGCGUGUUCUAGGAACCGAUGGAAGGGUAGGAAUGGGACGCGAGGCGGGAAAUGGAUUCGAAAAGCCUGCGGGCAAGGCAAGAUGCGAGGUGUUUGUUGUGCCGGAUCCAUCCGUCCGGGUCUUCUCGUUGCGACGGGAGACGAGAGGAAGGUCGUUCGAAGUGUAUCGCGAAGAGUUUUGGAUCUUGGAUUCGAGAAGGAUGGAUUCGAUGAUUAGUGACUCAGUUUCUAUGCCAAAUGAAAAUAAAGACUAUUUCAGUACAGUCACUGUUUCUAUGGUUGUUCGGUACUACUAGUAGUAGUAUUUUUUAUUUCGAAGUUAAUCGAGCAAGAAGGUCAACACGGUCAACACGUUUACAA